GAUGUUUAGCGUUUCACUUUUUUAAACCCUAACGACCUCUUCAGUCUUCAUAUUUCUCCCUCUUCUCUAUUUCUCAGCCAAAUCAUCGUAAUUGGGGGAAUUUCUCAACGGUGAAAGUAAUAUUCUGCCGGAAAUCGGCAUGGCAACAAGAAAACGGCGUUACGACCCAAAUGUACCGAUUGAAAUUAGCUCGGAAGUGGAAGAAGAAAAUGGGGAUAGUUCAGUAAUCAAGAAAGAUGGAACCAAGAAAGUACAGGUGAAGGUGGUGAAAAGGACGGAUUCGAACAUCGAAGAAGAAGAAGGGGUUUCCUUGAAUAUUGAAAUUGACAUUCCACUUCGAUGGGUGAUGAUUUGUUACUGUCAGAGAUUGGGUUUGGAUUUUCAAACCACCCGAUUCGAGUUCAAUGCUGCUAAAUUAAGGGAUUUGGAUACUCCCCAUCAACUUGGCAUGGUUCAAAAUGAUGUCAUUUUUGCCUUCCCAAAUCAUGGUGGUUUGGGGUAUGGAGCUGUGCAUUAUGUAACUCUAUGUAUCCGCAUGCAUAAGGGGAGAGACAUGUUUCAUAGAGUGAAACGCUCUACCGCUCUACUGCCUCAGCUUAUGCGAUGUUUUUCUAACAGUGAUCCUCGAGAACUUCGCUCUCUAUGCCUUGUUUAUGGUGGAUUAAAGUUGACUCAGAAUCAUACAGCUAGCGAACUAAAAAUGGAAGAUGGUGACAUAAUUGAUGGCUUUUAUUUCAGCUUGAUGAAAGUACAAAGAAUGAAGAAGACGGAGUAUCCAAUCGCAAAAGCAAACGAAGAAAACAAAAAGAUUGUCGUAACAGUAAAGUGGAUUAACAACAACAUCGACGACAUAAAAGAUGAUGAUAAUGAUGAAUUAGAUGAUAAGAAGGAGAUUAUUAACUUCAGAAUUGAGAAUGAUGUUCCUCUAAGAUGGCUAAUGAUACUUUAUUGCGACAAAAUUGGGUUGAAUUUCGACACCACUCGUUUCGAGUUUAAUGGCGCUCGCUUAAGAGGAUUUGAUACUCCUCUUCAUGUUCGCAUGCUUUCCUUUGAUGUCAUUUACGCUUAUUCUUCUCCAUGUUCAAAUGGCUUAGUCCACUCAAAUUGUCGGGUUCACAACAAUGGUGAUGGGCGUAGUAGUGGUCUAUACCAGGUAACUAUAUGCAUUCGAAUGCACAAACAGAAAGAUACAUUUGUUAGGGUGAUACGUGCUACACCAUUAUUACCUCAGCUCACGCUUGGCCUCUCAAAUGCUGGAAUUGUUGUUGAAGGCGGCCCUAUGUGCUUUGUUCGUGAGGGCACGAGGUUGACACGGGAGCAUACAGCAAAAGAACUAGACAUUGUGAAUGGUGAUGUUGUUGACGCCUUUAUAUUUGACAAGCACAGCUGUUCGCUGAGCAUAAUAGAAGCAUCAAAACAUUCACAAGAAUCAGAACAACUAUACUUGGAAGUGUCAGUGGCCUCUAAAUACCACGAACCAAUUUAUUUCAGAUUAAAACGAAAUACUCGUUUAAAAAAGUUGAUGGACGUAUACUGUCAUCGUUUUAAAAUGCUUAAAGGAGCUCUUUUCUUUUAUCAUGGCCGCGCACUUGACGGCUCAAAGUCACCGGACGAAGAAAAAUUGGUGGAUAAGGCUAUAAUCUAUGCCUUUCCAAUUAAUGUUAACGUGAAAUAGGUCACUUUACCUAGCUGUUUCUGCUCAUGUAUUGCUCAAUUCAACUAGUUUGUGAGCAUAUUAUGAUAUUGAUGUAAAGUAUGUACUAUGUAGUACUCGUUCUAGACUAGUACUCAGCUCCUUCUAUCUCUAUUUUUUUUUUAGUAAUACUACUCGCUAAAGAGUAAACACUAGUUGUUAUCUUUAAUACAAUUAAUAGUUCCUUCUUACUGAUAUAGCUCUUUAGGUUCUGAAAAUAA